CGAGGAGGGUAGCCCCGCCAGUGGAGACAUGAAAGAGACGGACGAUGCACCUUGGGAAGAAAAGCGAUGGAGACCAAGCAUCGGCACUGAGGACUUUCUGUAGGGCGGGCUGGACAUCAAGAGUGUCGAUCGCAUUGAAAGUUUCGGGUUACUCCAUUGUUCUUCGGUCGGCGUUGUGUCUGCAUGCAAGUCCAUGUCGAUCUAGCGCCAGCCUUUCGUUCGUCAGUCAUAUUGGGCCUGACGGACAGCCGAAAGAACAGAAAAGCGUAAGGGUGAAAAGCCCAUCUUUCACUCAUUCAAGGUCUGCAGGGACUCAGGGACUGGUGUGAAUGGGGCGCUAUUUUUAACCCAAUCCCCGGAUCUUGCCCAUUGGUUCAGGGACUAAGUCCAUAGGGGACGUCGCCGCUUGACGGAUGGCACCGGGGGUCCGUCUGAGCAAGUUGACUGGGCCUUGUUGGAGCCAUUCUGAUGCCGGCGCUAGACCCCGUUGCAGCUUGCUCCAGCCAGUUCCUGCAUUAGAAGCAUGUCCGGUUCGCGCUGAAGCCAGACCCUGGGCUGCUUUGGGGAGGGACUCCGUUUCAUCUGCACCUCUCGCGUUGAGCCGAUUGGCAGACUAAAAACGCCUUCUGUGACGGGAUGUCUUACCAUUUGUCCAUCCCAUCCAUUCUAUGUCUCCAGCACCCUCCAAGGAACUCCGUAGAGGCAGCAAGUACUACCGCAUCAAGCAAUGCAAGCCACUAGGGUCUCCUUGGUGUGGUCUGUGGACUGUUGUUUGUGGGUGGAGUGUGGCGGUUGGAGAAGGUUGCAGUUUGAUGGAAGAAUGGAGGGAACUCGUUGCCUCAACGUCUUAAAAGGCAGCAACUUCCCCCCCAGGCACUGCAAGUAGGAAGCUUGCUACUCCAUUGUUUCGUCUUUGUUGUGAUUUUUCUUCUUUUCCUUUUCGGCCUCCUCUUAUAUAUUCCUUUAUCUCUCUCCACACUCGCUCAGGGACUACCAUUCCUUAACCCACUCGCUGUAUCUUCAGUAUCAACCUCGAUCUGGGAUUCGCCUUCCCACAACCACUCGUUCUGAUUGUUGCUGGUCUGCAAUCUGCCAUAAGAACAGGCUUUCUGCUCACUUUCGGCCCUCUUUUGCCGAUUCUUUCUCUUCAUCCAAUUAAGUCCCUCGUUGACAAUCCAACUUCAUCAUGAAGGCCGCUACUUCAAUUGCCUUCCUGUCGCUCCUGGCUUCGGCUCAGGCUACUUAUGAGUACUGGGGCUCUGAGAAGUGCUACUCUAGCCCAAGCCGCUCUUCCAACCAGUGUAACGACCAGCAGGAGAAGGGAUUCGACUGGUCAGAUCUCUCUACUGGCUCGUUCUCAUCCUACGGCGGUUUCGACUUCUCCGGUUUCUCCUGCAGCAACAGCUUCGGUGGUGCCAGCCACUCCAAGCGUGGUGAGAAAUGCAUUACUGGUACUGCUUCCAAGGGUGGCAGCUCUUCCUCCUCCUCGGGCAGCAGCUCCCACAGCAGUGGCUCGGACAGUGGAAGCUCUAGCUCUGGCUCUAGCUCCGGCUCUAGCAGCAGCGGCUCCUCUGCUCCUUCGUUCUCUUGCGGCUCCGACGACAGUGGCUUCUCCAUCACUCACUUCCACAUUUCCACCGAUAAGGAUACCGAUAUGAACAUUGUUUACAGCAUGCCCGAUGGUUCUUCGUGCCGCAACACCGCUUCUUGCUCGUCUGCCGGAACUACUGUGACCAACGACCAGUGCGGUGGUGCCACCUCUGUCUCCUUCGAGCUGCCUGAUCACAGUGACCACGAUAGUUGCGACUUUGGCAUCUACAGCGUUGGCUUUGACUGCAGUCCCGGUACUACCUCGUCUCUGCCUACUCCCACCCCCUCCAUUGGUAGCUCUUCGUCUUCGGUUCCCUCAGUGCCCACUGCCUCCGUGCCUACUGCUUCUAGCCCGGUUCAGUCGUCCGUGCCUGGUGUGCCUUCUCCCUCUGUGCCCGCUGGGACUUCGCCUGCUGCGACCUCCCCAGCUGCCGGUAUCACUCCCGGUGCUAGCACUCAGAAGUUGACCACUUCCACUGUUUACACCACCAGCGAGAUCACUAUCACUAGCUGUGCCCCUACUGUCACCAACUGCCCGGCUGAUUCCACCACUGUCGUCACCUCAACCAUUGCUAUUUCGACCACUGUGUGCCCUGUGACCGAAACUACUCCCGCCGCUGGCGAGUCUACUCCUGUUGGAUCUACUCCCACUGAGACUGCCCCUGCUGGAUCUACUCCAACUGAGUCCACCCCCGCUGGUCCUAGCGGUAGCUCUCCUGUUACCACGCCUGCUCCUGGUGUCAGCUCCUCUCCCAGCUCGCCUUCCGAAACUGUUCCUGCUGGCUCUGGCUCGUCGUCCGUUCCCGGGGACUCGACCGUAACUCUCGUGACCUACACUACUACCACGGAGUGCCCGGUUACCAGCACUAUCAGCUCUGGCUCUUCCACUACCGUGAUCACCACUAACACCAUCUCCACCGUCACUGUGACCUCGACCUCGACUGUCUGCACCAAGUGCACUGCUAGCUUCACCACUGUCCCCAGCGGUGGUCAGACUACUUCCGCCGGUCCUAGCGCCACCAGCCCAUCAGAGUCGGCUCCUACUGGUGUUAGCCCUACCGAGACCGCCCCUGGCUCCAGCGAGUCUAGCCCUGCUCCCUCUAGCACCGUCCCUGCUAGCUCCAUUCCUACCGGUGCUAGCGCUGGUUCUACCUCUGUGCCCUCUGAGGAUACUACUACCUACAUCACCACCUAUGAGACUGUCACCACCUGCCCCGUUACCAGCACUGUCAGCGCUGGCUCUUCCACGACUGUGAUCACGACUAGCACCGAGUCCACUAUCACUUUGACUUCUACUCACACCGUCUGCACCAAGUGCACUGCUAGCGCGACCGCCACGGCUUCGGCUGGCUCUGGCACCACCCCCGUUGGUGCCGGUGCUACGGAGACUUCUCCCGUCUCCAGCCCGGUGCCGACCUCCUCUUGCCCCAACGUUGUGCCUCAGUGCAUUAACACCUGGCUCAGCCUCGUUCCCAAGUGUACCUCUAACAGUGAUGCCAAGUGCUUCUGCCCUAACAGCGAUUUCACUGACAAGGUCAUCUCUUGUGUCCAGGCAUGGGGUGCCUCCAAGGAGGAGAUCCAGAAUGCUCUGUCUUACUUCACCGGUAUUUGCGCUGCUUGGGUUCCCACCAACCCUGGUAUCGUGACUGCUAUUCCUUCCACCAUUACUUUGGUCCCCACCGUUGUUCCCAGCGGUGCCAGCGGUGCCAGUGCCAGCGCCGGUAUUAGCUCCCCUGCGGUCAGCUCUGCCCCGGAAGCCCCUUGCACAACCAUCACCUACUCGACCUACACUGUCACCGUUCCCCAGGUUAGCUUCGUCACUUCGACUGCCUCGGGCUCCGCUACCACUGUGGGUCUGGUUCCUGCUACUCCCAGCGGUGCCUCUCCUGCCAACACUGGCAAGGUCCCCUCCCCGGUUGCUGCCUCGUCCACUUGGGUCACCGCUGCCGUGAGCUCUACCCCCUAUGUCAGCGCUAAGGCCACUGCCACUGCGUCGCCCACUGCCUUCAACUCGGCCUCGACCGUGUCGAUCGCUACCAGCCUCCUUCUGGGUUCCGUGGCUGCCUUCCUUGGUCUGAUGCUCUAAACGUGCUAUGCUCUACCAUUGAAUUCUCUAAGUAAUCUCUUUGCUGGGCAUUGUAUGCCCCAUGUGACAUUUCAUCUUCUUUUUUACAUGUGUUUUCUGAAAUCCAAUCUUUGUGUUUUACAUAUCACCGUGCAGUUCGGCACCUGCAAUUUUCCUUUCUGAUCCUUUCUCAGCGUUUAUGACUUUGAUGUCUUGUUGACGCUCGCAUCACUGAUGGUUGAGCCGAGUACGCGACAAAAGCCGUGGACAGACUGAUUGAUUUGAAUGCCCAUCACGAGGGAAUUUCAUUUUGUAUUCUAAUAUUCACUCCCUAAUUGCAUACAAUAGACCUCGUGAAUCAUUUCGAGUGACUAA